GCCAUGUUGGUGCGUGGGUGGUGGUGGAGGUGUCUUUCGGAGAGCGGGAGCGAGAGAGCUUCGGCGGAGCUCGGCCAAGCUCAGCAAGCAAGCAACUUCGACAACGACAAUAAUUAUGCGCGCCUGCGUGAGGCUGCUCUACCGACCCGACCGAGCUGGUUGGAAGAAGCCCACUCUCCCCAAGCCUCCUAUCACAGGCCGUGCUGCCGUUCUAAAAGCUAACAAUGAACCUCCGCCCGCGAAACAGUGGUCGACGCCGCUGGCGCAGCACUUGACCAGAGUCAUCAACACGACAGGUCCCGUCUCCGUCGCGGCGUACAUGCGCCAAUGCCUCACGUCCGAGAGUGGCGGCUACUACACGCGCCAGACCAAGGCCGGCGGCGACCAGUUCGGCCAGAAGGGCGACUUCGUCACGUCGCCCGAGAUCUCACAAAUCUUCGGCGAGCUCGUCGGCCUGUGGGUCGUCGCCGAAUGGAUUGCGCAGGGCAGAAAGCGCGAGGGUGUGCAGCUGAUUGAGGCAGGGCCUGGCAGAGGCACGCUGAUGGACGACAUGCUCCGGACCAUUCGUAACUUCAAAGCCUUGGAGAAUGCCAUUGAGACUAUCUUCAUGGUCGAGGCUAGCCAGUCGCUCCGUAAAUCCCAGCACAAGCUGCUGUGUGGUGACGCUCCUUUGAAAAAGAACGAAAUCGGCUUCGAGAGCAAGAGCAAAUACUCCAACACACGCAUUGUCUGGGUCGAGGACAUCCGCUUCGUUGAGAAAGACCCAAGCAAGACGCCCUUCAUCAUCGCCCACGAAUUCUUCGACGCGCUGCCCAUCCACAUCUUCGAGAGCGUAGCGCCAACCUCAGAGAAAGAGGCCGCACAACCCAGCGUAGCCGAUCCCAACGAAAAGGCGCUUCCGGACCUCGACGAGCCGGAACCCAUCAUCGAAGCACUCAAGCAGCAGCGCGAGCGCUUCUCCAAGCAGCACGACUGGCGCGAAUUCGUCGUGUCGCCGGCGCCGCCCCGGUCCACGCACCAGAGCCUCAACACCCCCGAGGUGCUGCGCUUCACCAGCGCGGUGCCGGAAUUCCAGCUCACGCUGUCCAAGGCCCCAACGCCGCACAGUCUGUACCUCCCGCUCACGUCGCCGCGCUACAAGGCGCUGCAGGGCACGCCGGGCGCCGUCAUCGAAAUCUCGCCCGAGAGCAGAGCCAUCGCCGCAGACUUUGCCGUGCGCAUUGGCGGUGCGCCGGCGCCCGCACCCCCCGCCUCGUCCACGGACAAGGACGCCGCGCCCACGCCUCCGCCCUCCUCCGUCGACGACGCCCCCUCCACCAAGCCCAACCCCUCCGGCGCAGCUCUCAUCCUCGACUACGGCCCCGCAGACACAAUCCCGUGCAACACACUGCGGGGCAUCCGAGCGCACCGCGCCGUUUCCCCCUUCAGCAGCGCGGGCGCCGUCGACCUCAGCGCCGACGUCGACUUCCUCGCUCUAGCGGAGGCGGCGCUCGACGCGUCCCCCGGCGUCGAGGUGCACGGGCCCGUCGAGCAGGCGCGCUUUCUUGGGCUGAUGGGCGUGCGCGAGCGGGCUGAGAUGCUGGUGCGCAAGGCUGAGAAGGCUGGGGUCGCUGCUGCUGGGGAUUGGGCUAGGGACGAGGCGAGAGAGGUCAAGGAGAGGAUUGAGGGCGGGUGGAGGCGCUUGGUUGCUACGGGCCCGAAUGGCAUGGGCAGGCUGUAUAAGGCGCUGGCUAUUGUGCCGUAUGUGCCUGAGAAGCCGGGACGAAGGCCUGUGGGGUUUGGUGGGGAUGUUAGUGUUUAGGUGGGUAGGCCAGGUACGUGGGUGGGGUGGAGGUUGUAGGUAUAGGUAUGAAUGUGCGUGUGGGAUAUAGAUAGAGUGGGACUGGGAAAAAAGGUAAGUAAGUAGGCUAGUCUGAAAAAUGUGUAUGCUGUAUAUUUCUUCUCUCCUAUCCUAUGUAAGAGUAUUCUUAUCAAACAUC